AUGUUUCGGUGUCCUUCGUGCGGCAAAGGCAGAUUCAAAGACGAGGUCGCUGUGGCCUGUCAUAUGAAUCAGCCCCGCUCAGGAUGUAACACUUGGCUACAUGAUAUAAUAUGGUUGGACUCUGUGCGAACCGAGUCUAUGGACGUUGACGACGAGGAGCUCGGUGGUUUUACCGGCAGUGUGAAUGAAGAAGGGAUAUCACCAACCAGGGACUUCAUCGACUGGUUCCCCGGAGCUUCUCGAACGUAUGGAACAGGUCAUACUUUCCUUGACAUAUUCAAUUCAGACGAGAACAGCGUGCACUGUGCAACUAGUCUCUACUACCCAUUCAGUGGCCGGAAAGACUGGGAGCUUGCAUCAUGGCAACUUCACUCGGGAUUAAGCAUGGGGAAGAUAGAUAGCUUUUUGUCACUUGAGAUAAUCCAGGGUCUUCCUCUGUCAUUCUCAUCAGCCAAGGAACUGCGAGGCAGAGCAGAAAUGUUGCCAAGCGGUCCACGCUGGAUGUCUCAAGUCAUCGAGACAAAGCAUCCGACCAAAUCACCUGUCAUAUUAUAUUGGCGUGACCCUUUGGAUUGUAUCUCCAGUCUACUUAACCAUCCAUCCUUUCACGACCAGUUAGACUUUACGCCCCGCAAGGUGUAUACCACGGCACAGCGGCUGUGCUGUGUGUACUCUGAAUGGAUGACAGGAGACAACACUUGGACAAUGCAGUCGGCUCUACCACGAGGUGCGACAUUGCUUGGGACCAUCCUAUCAUCUGACAAGACAAACAUAUCUAUGAUGAUGGGCGACAGAGUCGUGCACCCCCUCCUCAUCAGCCUCGCCAAUAUACCCAUGUCCACCCGACUCAAGACAUCACUUAAUUCUUUCGUGCUCACUGCCCUGCUCCCCAUGCCAAAAUUCCUUCAUAAAAAGAAAUGCAUGCAUGGCGUACUGGAGGAUCGUCUAGUCCAUCAAUGCCUGGAUCUUGUUCUAGAGCCGCUUAAGCGGGCUGCCCAUGAGGGAAUUAUGCUGUCAGAUCCCGUUGGUUCAACUACACUCGCACAGAUCGCUACUGCCCAUAGCAAGGUUGAUUCCAAUGACAUUGAAGCUUUCUUCCGCGAAGCACAGAAGUUCCAUUUAAAUGGUGUCGACAAACCUUUCUGGCAGGACUGGCUCUUUGCUGAACCAUCCCACUUCCUCACUCCCGAAAAUCUCCACCAUCUUCACAGAGAGUUUUACGAUCACGAUGUCAAAUGGAUCAUAUGCGCGGUCGGGGAAACAGAAAUCGAUUUUCGCUUUUCAGCAUUGCGGCCUGUGAUGGGGUUUCGCCAUUUUCAUGGUGGCAUCUCAAAGCUGAAGCAGGUCACAGGGCGUGCCCAACGUGAUAUCCAGUGCUCGAUUAUUGUGGUCAGUGCAGAUGCGGUGCCUAGUGCUGUGAUGACUGCUGUACGAGCUUUGACGGAUUUCCGUUAUCUCGUACAGUCGCCACGGAUCGAUGAUCGCGACAUUGAACAUAUUUCCACAGUGCUGGCCAAAUUUCACGCCAACAAACAUGCCAUUACAGCUGCUGGAUUUCAUCGCGGGAAGGGCAACAAGCCUAUCGAUAACUGGUACAUCCCGAAGAUAGAGCUCAUGCAGAAUAUAGCUCCCAGCAUACGUAACACUGGCAUCACCAUGCAGUGGAGUGCAGAUGCUACAGAGCACGCACACAUAACUGGGAUCAAGGAUCCCACACGCUCAAGCAACAACAAUAACUACGAUUCACAAAUCUGCCGUCACCUUGACUGUGUGGACAAAUGUCGUCAUUUUGAUCUUGCAACAAGUCUAUUAGACUUGAGGCUGCAAACCAACCUGGACCAACACCACGUUGAUGAUGACAUCAUUGAUUUUGAUGUUGAUGAUGACGAUGACCUCCCCGCAAACCUCUUGUCCACAGUCAAGUCCCCUGGAUACGCAUGUCCAAUCACUAACUACUUUGCAAUGGCAAAGGUCCUCCAGCACAGGGAGGUUGGGACAAUCCCCCUGCCAUUACGCACAUUUGUUGUUGGACGUACGGCCUUUCAUCUUGCCUACAGCCUGUCAAUUAGGGCCAUCUCCAUUGACGAUGCUGCCCUUAAAUUUGGCCUUCCUGACUUACGAUCAGCCUUUGCCGACUUCCUUUGUCGUGAAGAUACUCAUGGGUAUGGUCAUAUUCAUCCGCUUGGAGGGGCUAGGAGGGCUGGGUCCAAUGCUUCGCUUCCAUUCAAUGAACUACAGAUAUGGUUCAAACUUCAACUUCAGGAUACGGAAUUUCAUGAUACCACCAAUGUGCGACCUGCACAGACCCUAAACUGCGUACCACCUUCUGACAUCUGGACCUUUGGUCGGUAUGAGACUGUUAUUGUCAAUAAUGAAGAUGGGCACUCAUGGCCUGCUGAUGGUCUUCACGGCCAUGUCAUCGCUCAAAUCAGGCUUAUUUUCUGUCCAAUUAGAAAGAUGGAUACACAGGGGGCUUGGAAGGAUCACUUCCUCACAUACGUGCAACACUUUAACAACAGCACUGAGCGCGAGCCAGCUACGCACCUACAUCUGCUCAAGAGGGUGAAGCGAUCAAACGGGACUCGCAUUGAUGAUGUUAUACCAGUCACUCAGCUCAGAGCGCCUGUUAAUGUUGUCCCUCAAUUUGGCGCAAGUGCAGACCCGCAUCUCACUCAAUAUAACGGUAUGGAGCAUGCAUCAGAAUUUUGGCUCAAUAAGUACUGGGACAAAAAUACUUUCUACCCUCUUUUGAUGUAUUUUGACCUGUAA